GAGCGCUCCGCCCGGCUACACCGCUCCGCCAGCCGGCGCGGCAACACCUGUUCGCGGCUGCCAGGGCGGCACGCGAGCUCCGGGACGCGGCUCUCUCCGCUCGCCGCUCACCGCCUGCUUCCCGAGCCAAUGGAUCUCCGCAGAGCCUCUGGAGAAUUCUGGAUACUAGCUUUGGAUGCCUAAAGUUUUUAUUUCCCUCCUCUUCUUUUUGUUUUAUUAUUAUUAUUAAUUAUCAUCAUCAUCAAUUAUUUUUGGAAGGGGUGGGGGAGACAAGGAGGGGGAGAUUUCUCGCCGCUACCAACGUGAGAUUUAUGAUUAUUAUUAUUAUUAAUUAUUAUUAAUUUUUCCUCUCGGGGCGAAGGAUUCAUGCUGAUGUCUGCAGAGUCGGUUAGAGAGUAAAAACAGCGCAUGCCUUCCUUGGAGUCAGGAUCCGUAAAUUCUGACGUAGCCUGAGCAUCUUAAAAAAAAAAUCUCUUAUCAUAACGCCUGAGCAUUUUCUUUUUAAAGUUGCUAUGGUCAUUCUGAUCUCAAAGCAAAUGGAGCCACUACGGAUUUUCUCCCUUAUUCCGGUCGGAUGGGAUGAAGACCUUGCAGCUUGCUGAGAGCCAGGCUCUGUCUGUAGAGAUACACAGAUACGAUGAUCACGAUGUCAGUGUGAGAGUAUGAAGCCGUGGUUUCUUAGACGAUCCGUGGUUUGACCUUGAACCGGUGCCAGUGAAACAGCAGAUUACUUUUAUUUAUGCAUUUAAUGCAUUGAAGAGAAGAGCCUUGCCCCCGCCCCCUCUCCUCCACUCACUCUCUGCAACUGCAGUAAAGGAAGGGAGUUGGAUAUACCUCGCCUAAUAUCUCCUGGGGUUGACACCAUCGUUAUUGUUUAUUCGCGUGCUCCAAAAGCUGGGUCCUCUGAUGGCUCCCUUAGGUGAAGUUGGGAACUAUUUCGGUGUGCAGGAUGCGGUACCGUUUGGGAAUGUGCCCGUGUUGCCGGUGGACAGCCCGGUUUUGUUAAGUGACCACCUGGGUCAGUCUGAAGCAGGAGGGCUACCCAGGGGACCCGCAGUCACGGACUUGGAUCAUUUAAAGGGGAUUCUCAGACGGAGGCAGCUCUACUGCAGGACUGGAUUUCACUUAGAAAUCUUCCCCAACGGUACUAUCCAGGGAACCAGGAAAGACCACAGCCGAUUUGGCAUUCUGGAGUUUAUCAGUAUAGCAGUGGGCCUGGUCAGCAUUCGAGGCGUGGACAGUGGACUCUACCUCGGGAUGAAUGAGAAGGGGGAGCUAUAUGGAUCAGAAAAACUAACCCAAGAGUGCGUAUUCAGAGAACAGUUUGAAGAAAACUGGUAUAACACAUACUCCUCAAACCUAUAUAAACAUGCGGACACUGGAAGACGAUACUAUGUUGCAUUAAAUAAAGAUGGAACUCCAAGAGAAGGGACCAGGACUAAAAGACACCAGAAAUUCACACAUUUUUUACCUAGACCAGUGGACCCGGACAAAGUACCUGAACUAUAUAAGGAUAUUCUAAGCCAAAGUUGACAAAAGACAAUUUCUUCACUUGAGCCCUUAA